AUGGGCACGCAAAACGUGUCACAGAAGGCCGACAAAGAGGGUCUGAUUUCAUGUCUAUGCGUCGGCAUCGUCUUCGUCAUUCUGCGCACCGGCGCACGCUGGUAUAAGCUGCGCAAAAUUCCCCACCAGAUGGACGACAUCUUCAUGUACCUUUCGCUGGUCUCUUUCAUCAUCACGGUUGCUCUAUACUAUGCAACCAUUGAUACAUUUUUCAAAGUCACCGCCAUCUACGAAGGUCGCGCGCAACCAUAUGCUGGACUGGCCGAGGACCUUCUCGUGAUGCUAAAAGAGUUUUUUGUCGUCCAAUUCUUCUUUUGGCUGACACUAUGGACGGUCAAAUGGAGUCUUUUAUUCAUGUUCAAGCGACUCACCCAAGGGCUGCCUCUAUAUACACAGAUCUGGUGGGGAGUUUUGGUAUACUCCAUCCUUGUCUUCAUCGGGUGUUGUAUCAGCAACUUUACCAGCUGCUCAUCAAUGAAGGCCUGGUUCACGGCCGGCGAAUGCAGCAGCGCUCGAGAUGCGCGCGCCAAGGAGAUUAGCCUAUGGUUCAGCUUGGCUGCUGAUUUAUCUACGGAUCUGUUGAUCAUGGCUAUACCACUUCGCGUGUUAUGGAACCUCAAGAUUUCACGAAUCGAAAAGAUCAGUAUCGGGUUCAUAUUUGCCGUUGGCCUCAUCACUAUGGCCACUGCCAUUAUCCGGAGCGUAUCGCUGAACUCGAGCUCGAGCACCGGACAAGUGAGCACGACAUGGCUUAUGCUGUGGGCUGGUAUCGAAGGAGCAGUCGCUAUAAUCGUGGGAUGUCUUCCCUCUUUUGCCAUCUUCAUCCGCGGUCGGGUCGUCGCCUCCAAGGCACAAUACGAGGGCAGGUUAGAUCAAAGCCCAGCGGACUACCACUCGGAGCCAAAGUCCCGCGAGCGGCCCAACAGUCUGGGGUCCCAGGAUCUGAAUCCACUAUGGGGUACUCGGGACAACUCCAGUGAUAAGAGCCUGGUGGAAGACAUCGUCGUCACUCGCGCCGGGAAACCGAAAUGGCACGGUCUGACAAGGCAGCAGAUUGUACAAAGAGAUCCGGAGGCUGGCCACGAAUUGCACCCACUACCGCCAUCAUAG